AAAACAAAAAUGGAGGACAAAGAUCAGGCAAUCCCUCUCGCACCCCCAACCCGCGACGAGGAAUCGGCCAUCCAAAGCCCCCUCCGCCGCCGCCGCCGCCCCACCCGUCGUUGCGCCCUGUGGUGCUGCGGCAUCUGCGGCACGACCAUCGUCGUUCUCGGCGUCAUCAUCCUCAUCCUCGCCCUCACCGUCUUCAAAAUCAAAGACCCCGAAAUGACCAUGAACAACCUCUACAUAAACCGCCUCUUCGUCCCUGGCCUCGGCACCCUCGACAACCCCACCAUCUCCGUCAACGCCACCCUCACCGCCGAUAUUUCCAUCAAGAACCCUAACGUCGCUUCCUUCCGGUUCCGCAACAGCUCCACCGAGUUCUUCUACGGCGACGAGACCGUCGGCGUCGCCUACGCGCCGGACGGCAACGUGAGGGCGUAUAGGACGGCGAGGAUGAACGUGACGGUGGAUGUUUUGGCGGAUCGGGUGGUGUUGGAUACGAACGCGACGGGAUCGGCUGUGUUCGAUGGGGCGGUGAAUAUGAGCAGUUAUACAGAUAUUGCUGGGCGGGUUAAUGUGCUCGGCGUGUAUAAGUUGAAUAUGGACAUACAUCUUAACUGUAGCUUUACUUUGGAAGUCUACCAGAGGGCUAUCAGCAACAAGGUAUGCUUUGCGUAUGUUCAAUGAUGAUGAUGAUUUUUUUUUUUUUUAAGGGAAAGGGCUGUUGACC